UUUGUUCAUAACUCAUUUUGAGUGUACUUUGAAAAUUGAUUUUUGACAUAUAUUUUGUAUCGAGUCUCGUGAUAUUCUUACACGUAAUAGAUUACUGCAAACGGCUUAAAAGCUACAAUAAUGGUCGGGCUAUGAAUGUAAACACAUUACAAUAUUGUAUACACAUUUAUUUUAGCACCAUGACAGUAAUUUAAGUGUUACUGUACUACAUUAUUGAAAUAUGGACUUAAAACAUUUAUUUUUGACGAGAUCACACGAAGGAUAUGCAGGAAAAGAAGACAACAUCCACAUUGAAACAGCACUUGAAACUGAAGACGAAGAGGAUAACGAGAUAUCAAAUGAUAGAAAUUUGACAAAAAGGUUGUCAUUUAACAUUAAGGAAUGGGGUAGCAAUAUAAAACUAACAAAAGGAAAACCAUUUUCUGGUCUUACUCCUUCUAUGUGGCCAGAAGACAUUCACACCUGCUACAUUCAAUAUGACAAUAAAUCACCUCCUAAUCAACAAUGGUUUGAUGAAUUCGGUUUCCGCAUAGAAAGUACCAAUGGAGUUACCAAAGAAUAUGAAUUAGAUGACGACUUGUAUGAAGAUCCUCAGCAAAGUAGACUGUUAUGGAUCUCUUAUUUAGAAAAUUCUUACAAAGAUGAAUUACUGGAAAAAGAAACAAUCACAUUAAAAACUCGUUCAAGUACUUUACGAUCUAUGGUUCGUCAAGGUAUUCCGCAUUCGUUAAGACCACAAUUAUGGAUGAUAUUUUCUGGUGCACUUUUAAAAAAACAAACACACAAUGUUACCUACAAAGAAAUAGUACGAUCGUCAAACAAUGAUACUCUGGUGUCUUCUAAACAAAUAGAAAAAGAUCUUCUGCGCACCAUGCCUAGUCAUGUAUGUUUUAAUAAUUUUCAAAGUACUGGUAUUCCAAGAUUACGAAGAGUAUUACGUUCACUAGCGUGGUUAUAUCCCGACAUUGGAUAUUGCCAAGGUACAAGUAUGAUUGUCGCAUCUCUUCUACUCAUUCUUGAAGAAGAAGAAUCAUUUUGGGUGAUGUGUGCAAUUGUAGAAGAUUUAUUGCCUGCAUUAUAUUACACAACAACUCUGAUAGGUGUAAAAGCUGAUCAACAGGUUCUACAAACUGUACUCGGUACUUAUUUACCUGGUGUAUGUCAACUUUUACGGUUACACGAUAUUGAACUAAGUUUGAUAACAGUUAAUUGGUUUUUAACUUUGUUUUCAAAUGUUGUCAACUUUAGAGUUCUAUUAAGAAUUUGGGAUUUAUUAUUUUUUGAAGGUUCAAUUAUUCUUUUUCAAAUAACAAUUGGUCUUCUUAAAUUAAAAGAACCAAUACUAAAAACUCUUGAUAAUUCAGCUGAUAUUUUUAACGCUUUAUCUAAUAUUCCUGGUAAUAUAUCUAGUAUUAAAGAGUUAUUUGAGGUUUGUUUUGAAAUAUCUUCAGAACUGACUAUUGAAAAUAUUGAAACAUAUCGUAGGCGGUAUUUAGGAUAUUUAAUGGCUGAUGGAGGUGCGUUCGUUCCUAAUGUCGAGUGUUCCACAAAUUUACCUAAACAACAUCUCAAUAGAAGACAAAUACAAAAAUCAAAAUCUCUUAUGCAAUUGCUACUCUUUGGCGACGACACAAAUGAAGAGUCUUCUAAAACUACAAUAAAAUGUAAAAAUAUCCGGCAGACUGAGUUUUUGGUCGAUUUAAGGGAAGCAAUAAUGCAAGUAGCCAGACAUUUUAUUAUUACUGAUCCUAAACUCAGUAAUAUUUCUUUGAAACCAGAUUUUACAAAAGAAAGCCAUUUAAAUGAUAUAGAAACUUAUGCAAAUGUAUCAAGAAAUAAAAAAAGAAGAGCCAAAGCACUAUUAGAUUUUGAAAGACAUGAUGACGAUGAAUUGGGAUUUAGAAAAAACGAUAUUAUAACUAUAAUUAGUCGUAAAGACGAACACUGUUGGGUCGGCGAACUAAAUGGUCUAAGAGGAUGGUUUCCUGCCAAGUUUGUAGAAUUAUUAGACGAACGAAGUAAACAGUAUAGUAUUGCUGGUGAUGAUUCUGUUUCUGAAAUUAUAACCGAUUUAGUAAGAGGAGCUCUUUGUCCUGCUUUAAAACAAGUAUUAGAGCAUGGAAUGAAACGUCCAUCAUUUUUAGGUGGACCGUGUCAUCCUUGGUUAUUUAUUGAAGAAGCAGCAAUGACUGAAGUAGAAAGAGAUUACAGUUCUGUGUAUAGUAGAUUAAUGUUAUGCAAGACCUAUAGAUUAGAUGAAGAUGGCAAAGUUUUGACACCGGAAGAAUUGUUGUAUAGAUGUAUUCAAAGUAUAAAUCAAAGUCACGAUGCUGCCGGCUGUCAAAUGGAUGUAAAAUUAAGAAGUUUAAUUUGUCUUGGUCUAAACGAACAAGCAUUGCAUUUGUGGUUGGAAUUGUUGUGCUGUUCAGAUCAAAUUGUCAAAAAAUGGUAUCAGCCAUGGAGUUUUGUGUGUAGUCCAGGAUGGGUACAAGUGAAAUGUGAACUAAGAGUUUUAUCUCAAUUUCCUUUUAAUUUAAAUCCAAACUGGGAACUUCCACCAAAAAAAGAAAACGCUCUAACAUUAAAAGCUGGUGUUAGAGAUAUGCUAGUCAAACACCAUUUAUUCAGUUGGGACUUGUAGUCUUUUUUGUUGAUGAAUUAUUGAUAUCUUUAUAUAAUUUAUGUGAUCUUAUAUAUGUCAAAUGUAUUAAUGUAAACUAUUUAUAAUAUUUAUCUUUCAAUUUUCUUGUACUUUAUUUGCAAAAUUAUAAAAUUAAAUUUUUCUACUGAGUG